CGUCCAGAAGCGGGAGCAGGAAGUUUGUUGUCCCUUCCGACUCCCCGUCAAAUGCUGCUAUCAUGGCGACUUUAUUGUUGCCUCUACACAGAUGUUGCCAGCGGUCGGCUCUCCUCCUUGUUGCAAGGCGACAGAUGAGCUCCAGUUCAUCAUCUCCCUCCAGUCUUCUCUCCAGACUCCUGACCUUCCUCGCUAACCGUUUCUACGAUGUGGAGUUUCUCCUUAUCAGGAAGGAAAAGAUGCAUAAGAACAAAAUCCGGAGGAAGAAUGUUUACUUUGCCUUCGCCCAAAGUUUGUAUGGAACGAACUCUGCAUCAGCAUACUUUAUAUUGAGUUCAGGAGGAGGAUUUAGGUUUGUCGGCCACUCCGACUGGGUCCGCGCCAACAAGAAGGGCAAGUUCAGCUGGGAUUUUCUGAAACACAAAGAGAGCACAAUAGAAGAAGUAGACAUGAGCCGCACCAUCAUCAACCAUAGAGGGCUGUCUAAUCUGGCGACACAGCCCACUUUGCGAACAUUGAAACUACAGGGGUGUCCUGAGGUGGACGACUGGUUUUUGGCUCGACUCCACUUCUUCCAGGACUCUCUGGAGGAGCUGGACAUCUCUGAAUGUCCACGCGUCACCGCAGGAGGCCUGCCUUCGCUCAAGAAUCUGAAGAGACUGAAGCGUCUGAACGUGUCGUCCCUCCCGAGACUAUCGAAUCCUGCGUUGAUGGUCAUCCUGCUGGAGGAGAUGUUGCCGCAGUGUCAGAUCACAGCUGAUAAUUACAACUUCAGCCUGGGGCAAGUGGAAGGAGAGUGCGCAGAGGUGGAGCUCAGACAGAGGUCGUCCAUAGAGGGGGGGACACGAGUCGGUCCAGAGCCAUGAGGAGUCAUCUGAGGGAACUCUGCUUUCACUUAAUGUGUUACAUCACAACUGUUUGUUUGUGUGAAUGGAUCCAAAUAUAAGUGAACAUGGGCAAUAAAAUGUUAAAUAACUGCAGACAAAGAAGAAAAACACGCAUCAAACAUGGUCUACUCUGGAUAUAAUUGUUUAACGAUGAGAUGAUCAUCAUGUAAAUCUAAAUAUUUAAAAUCUUGUUUUGUUUCAAAUUGUGUUUAUGGAUUUGGUUGUAAAUUUGAAUAAUAAAACAUUUACUAAUCAAACAAA